AUACAUAAUGCCUAUUCUCGAAAUCACAUCUGGUACUGCUCCCAAGGAUCUUAGAGCCUUCACCAAGCGUUUAAAUGCUAUUUUUGCCGAAUACAUUGGCAAGCCUGAAAGCUAUUGUUUAGUCACUUUCACCAAGGUUGAUAGCUUUUUCUUUGCUGGGUCUGAUGAGCCUGGCUUUUUCGCCAAGGUUACCUCUAUCGGUCAUAUUGACAACGAUCGUAACUCGAAAUUGACAAAGGCCGUCACAGAAGAACUCGAAAAGGAAUUGGGUGUUAGUGAUGGUCGUGGUUACUUCUUCUUUAUCGAUGCUCCUGGAGAAAACAUCGGUUACAAGAAGGACACUUUUGCCAACUUUGCUAGCAAGAACUUUUAAUGUUCUUUUUCAUAAUAAAACAAUAACUUCAAUUUAACAAAAUGCGGACUUUUGACUCAAUUUGUAAAGUAGAACAUUUAGUGGAAACUUAUAA